UAUACAAUACCGCUGUAAGAAAAGGAGGGGUCGUCGCUCUACCUUCGGUACAGCAGUAUCGUCUUGGAGUCCCUGUAGAGGCGGCGGAAAAAAUGCGGUGAAUCACGAAAAUGCUGUGUGGCGGCGGUAUGACGGCAAGACGAGACGGGUACCGGCAGUGGUCCGGAGAACGAUCCGCCAGCGGGUGUUCUGGUCGAUUUAUCGGAUCGAAGCAAAAGCAGAGCGUGGCCUGUGGCAUGCCUAUGGGUCGCUGUCUGCCGAACGAUUACGGGGCCAUCGUAAUUGAACAGCACAGCAGCGUGAUUUCGGGCUCUCGGAUCUUUAACGCGUUUUUGCGUAUCUACAGCUGCAGUAGAUCUCCAGAUAGAUUGAUUUCGCCGCGUUUUUCCCGAUUUCGGUUUCAGAAGCUCUACACAAGUACAUCUCCAGAUUCACCGGGAAAAUAUGUGGUGUUUUUUACGCACCAUAGGAAGGAGGGGUCGUCACUCUUCUCUUCUGUAUCUAUCGUCUUGGAGUCUUGGAGUUGAAGGCCGCGGGGGAAAUGUGGCGAAUCAUGAGAAGUUCGUUGAAGUUUUUAUUUCCGACUUCGGAAGCGCGCU